CAGGACACCACUGCAAGUUGCACACAGGAAGAAGCGCGCCAUAUAUGGAGAAGGCGGCAAGGCGCAGUGAGGAUGCUCUAGCUGUGUUCCAGAAACGAGAGUUACAAGAAACACGUUUGCUUUGAAAAAGCUUUGGAAUAUUUCCUACCUGGAGCAAGGUGACAAUACGAUAUUUUGAAUAAUGGGUGAUGUAGACAGUGAGCUUGCUGACUUCAUUGGAUCUGUGCUGCCAAAUUCAAGUUCAAAAGACCUGAUGUUGGAGACUCUCCAGUCUUUAGGUGUGGAAACCCUGGAAGAUCUAAAAUAUGUCCAGGAGCGAGAUCUUGUUAAUGUCCUAAGGCCAAUAGAAGCUAGAAAAUUUAUUGGACGUAUAAAUGCUUUAUGUGAGAAGGAUGAAGAUAAGAUUCCUGAUCGACUUACCAGAGCUCAGCCGAAUCUAGCACUAUGCAGAGAGCCUUCACCUACAAGUGAAUACAUUGCAGAUAAUUCCAACUCUCCGCCAUCUACAAGUUCAAGUGAAAUCUCAAACCCUCAUAGACCCUUUCCAGUGGACAACAACUGGCACUUUAAUUUUAAGAUACCCUGGAGUAAAAUGCCAUCAGAAUUUACCAGAAAGCUAAAAAACAAGGAGCGACCAACAGUACGUGAAAGACGUGAACUGAUUCGACUGAUAGUAGCUGAGAUCCUGACCAUCUGCCCUUCACCACGGAAGAAACAUUUUAGUGAAAUUGCCAGGAAGAUUGUUUCAACAUAUCCUCAGUCAUUCCGAGAUAUAAUUGAAGAUCAAGUUGUAGGUAGUGGUUAUGACUCCCUCACCAAGCAGCUGCAGAAUAGAAUUGACAACAUAAAAAGGGGAAAAAACUCUCUUUUCCUGAAAAGACAGGCAUCCAGCACAAGUGAGGGAGACGACCGACCUUCCAAGAUAAGAGUGGAUACGUAUGGCUGUAUAAACUGGCACCCAAAACACCUGCCACCUAAUGAAACGGAAGAGACUCAGAAAUGUACACAAGAGGAAUUAAAGAACAUGCACAAAAACAAAAGCAAGAACACUAAAAGUAUUGAAAAAAAAAUGGUGGCAACUUUCUACACUCAGAGAAGCAACAUCAUAAAUGGAAUGGAGACCCCUGUUCUGGUAAAAGACUGGCCAUAUCUGUUCGAGAUGUGUGGCAUAAUGGUUCACUUCAAAGAGUUAACAGGUAUGGAUGUUGAUAGAAAAGUCAUUUCAAGUAAAUGUAAACGAGUCAUUUCAUAUCUCAUCUCCCAUGAGAAGAAGAGCAAAAUUGAGGACAUCUUAUCAGGCAUGGAAAUUGCUGAAGCAAAGGAAUUACAUGCUGAUCUUACUGGAUGUGUGUUGCUACUUCUGAAAUACUUUAAUGAAGUACAGGCCAAAAUGUUCCUCUUGGUUGAUGAGACAAGUCUUCCAUCUGAAGUUGAUCAACUACCCAGCACACCUUGCAUUGUUGUUUGUGGGAGUUCUCCUCUGACAGCCGGGCGCUUCAUGAUUGCUGUGGACCAGAUCGUUGUGAAAGAUGAUAUCACAAAUUGUGAUGAGGCCCUUCAAAUGAUGUUUGUGAUGUACUACUGCCUCAACAUCAGCUAUCCAGCGGAACUUGGUGCAACUCUGGAGUUCAUGCAGAGGUGCCUUUUCAAAAUAAAUCCAGAUAAAGGGACCAAGGUGGAGAGAAAAGAGUCUAAAAAACAGCAGUCUGUUAAUCCCAAGGUUCUUUCGUUGAUUACCAACAUUGCUAACUUUAAAUGAAGAGAGUAGAAAGCUUCUUGUAUUGCCAGCUUCUUCACUUGUGUCCAACACUUGUGUUCUUUUAUUAUAUUCUUUAUUGUUAAACUGUUCAUUCUGAAGUUAUUUCAUUGGUGGGUGAGUGAGGGGUGGAAAAUGAUUGAACAGUGGACCCUGGAUGGUAUUUUAAUAUUUCAAUUCAAUAAUGUUUAGUUUAGUUAGUAAUGUAGGAUGCAUGUGUAGGAAUAAAAAAAAGGAAUCAUUACUGUAAUUAAAACAGUAAAACUAAUUAAUGGUUAAAAUUGGUUAACAUUAAUGCUAAGAUGUUGUUAAUGGUGUCAUGAUAUU